UCAGGACCUUCCGGUGGCGCGGGAAAUGAACAGAGUGUGGCUGCGUGCAGCUGCAGGUCCUGCUUUGUUCGCUGCAGAGCUGCUGCACGGUGACUUUCUUUCGCUAUACGGUUGGACCGCUUUUAAAGGCGAAAUAUGCCGCUCACCCGCUCCCAGAAACUGGUCGCCCAGUCUUCAUCAACUAGGAUGAGCCUGAGGAGCUUCCGCAGUGUCCCGCUGGUCCCCAUGGAGACCUCGUCCUCCUCUUCUGAUGACAGCUGCGACAGCUUUGGCUCUGACGGAGGCUUUGCGAAUACGAGGAGCCUGAAACAGACGAGGAGGACUGCAGAGAAACCAAAGGGUUUCGAAGCCACGUCGGAGGAGGACACAUGCAGUGGGUUUGAGGAGAAUGUGAUCAGCAAGCAGAUCAAAGCAAUGAAAGUGGACAGUAAGGCCCCUAAACAUGGCCGCAGGUCGAAUUUCCUAAAAGUUGCCAUGGCGUUCCCCACCAGGACAGACAGGAAGAGACCUGCGUCUGAGCCGCUACCUCAGCCUAUAGUGCAGGACCCUGAGGACGAGGAGGAGGAGAGUGUCAUGAACAAACGAGCUCUGAAUAUUAAAGAGAACAAAGAAAUGCUUGCAAAGCUCUUGGCAGAGUUGAACAAAAUACCUAGACUUCUUCCAGGAAAACAAAUGGCAAAGUCAGCUUCAACCAAGACUACACGGAGGCCUCAAGGGUCACCUCAGACACAAUGGGCUCACUGGAGAACCCCAGAUCGCUUGACACCCCUCCUCACACGGUCCCGCUCUCAGGUGAAUGGACCUUCUAGCCUGCCACCAGAGGAAGAUACCAUGGAUAAAUUCAGCCUGGUUCGCAAAAGCCCAUACUACGAAGAAGAUGACGAACCUCCGCGUCGCCGAUCGUACAAUAGGCCCAAUACCAUCCUUCAUGUGGUGCGGCCUGUGGAGGAAAUUACCGAGGUGGAGCUUCAGAGAAUCUGCUAUAACGUCCGAGAGAAAGUCUACAAUAGCUCCACUGGUUCCACCUGCCACCAGUGCCGACAGAAGACGACCGACACCAAAACCAACUGCCGUAAUUCAGAGUGUAUGGGGGUGAGGGGGCAGUUUUGCGGCCCGUGCCUCCGUAACCGAUACGGAGAGGAGGUCCGAGAUGCUCUACUGAAUCCAGAGUGGCAGUGUCCGCCUUGCAGAGGGAUCUGUAACUGCAGCUUUUGUCGGGCGAGAGAAGGCCGAUGUGCCACGGGAGUGUUAGUCUACCUUGCUAAACACCAUGGCUUUGAUAAUGUGCACGCUUACCUGAAAAGUUUGAAAAAGGAGAUGGAAGAAGAGAGCUGCAAGUGAAUAGUGGAGGAGAAACCACUGCAGAUACCCCUGACGACUGACAAGCUUCCUGACCAGUUUAUACACAACAUUGCUCACUGUGUUUAAAGCACAAUAGCUCUCAGUGCUAAUUGUUUUUGACUGUCUGUAAGCUAUAACUGUGGAAAAUAAUUGCCCUGUACGCCAUUUGCAGUCUUAUCUGUGAUCGAAUUAAAUCGUCCUACGAUGCAAAUGUUUCCUUCCAGGCUUUAGACUGAUCCCUUUCUGCUUUACAUUGUUUUAAAGGUGUUCCUUUUGAAACAUGAUUAAAUCAAUUAAGCCUGUUCUUUGGCUUCAGGUUAAUGCUUGUGUUCCUACAAGUUGCUUUUAUAUUUGCUUGCAUGCAUAAAAGAAAGCUUUCCUGUCUGUUGUAAUCUAAAAAUGGCCCAGGGAUCCUCCUGCUGUAGGUUGGAAAAAGGGCAUAUAGAGCGAGGUCCACUGCCUUCCUCCUCUAAACCAUGAGGAGCUGUGAUAAACUGCAGCGCCUGGUUAAAUAUCCUUCAUUAGAUAACUGUCACUAAUGGUGUGGAAACAAUUAGCACACUCUAAUGGGUAUCUCAUACCUGUAAAUCACUUUCUCCCGUUAAAGCACGUUCUCGCUCUGCACCAGCCUCUGUGGCUCAUUUUCUGCCGUUCAAUUGUUGAACAGAAAUGGCUGAAAGUACCUCUGAAGUGGCAGCAGAGUUAUAGCCUGCAUUUUCUGCUCACAGCUCUGAUCCUCUACAUGAAAUGACAUAAAAUUAACCUUUAUACUGUUCAUUGUUGUAAUGUACUUGGUUUGACCUAUGGUUGAGGAUACUUAAUCCUACGGUGCUGUUGCAAAAUGUGAUCAGUUAGAUAUUUUUGUCUUUUACAGUAAUUGCAGGUGGAGGUUGUUAUAUUGAUGGUUCUAUGUUCCAAACACAAAGGAAAUGUGCCUUGCGCUCAUUGUGUUUUAUGUACAUGUUCAAUAAAGCGUUAAUCGGUGCAGAA